GAUCGCAGUCGGGUCUUGGACCUCGUGCAACUGUCACCCUGUACUGUAUUCAAGAAAACUUCAAGAAGAGUGCAUUGCAGGAUGUUGGUCUUCGCCUUGGUAAUCCUUAUGACGUCAGUCGAAGUGCGUUGUCAAUCAGAUACUCGCCUGGGACUCAUCUCUUCACAGCUUGGAGUACCGCCGGUCCCUGGGAGUCCGUUUACUGGCACUCCGAGACCUAACAACCAGCCAAGUGGUUGCUUUUGCCUUCCCAGCAACCAGGUGUGUCCUGGCAAUCCUGGCAGUCCAGGACCAGGGGUUCCAAACACCUCUGGGGCUGGGGUUUUUGACGUCAGAAUCGUCAACAGGAGGCCGCAACCUUGCAACGAACCCGGUAGUAAGGUGUGCUGUCUUGGAAAUGCGAAUCCUUCCGGAAACUUCAUAACUAAUCCUCCAGUCAGACCGAAUCCAGUGAUACCAAAUCCUCAUCAGAUUGGAAAGACUUGUGGGGUGCAAAAUCCAAUCCCCUACAGGCAGGCACAGUACUCAGAGGCUGACUUCGGAGAGUACCCCUGGACGGCCGUUAUCCUGGAUUUCCAGAACAGAUAUUUGGGAGGAGGGGUACUUAUAGCCCCCGACUGGGUCCUGACAGCUGCCCACAAGAUCACCACUUAUAACAACAUCAAAGUGAGACUCGGCGAACUGGACGUGAAGAGUCCGCAGGACCACCCCCAGUACCCCCACUUGGAGGUCAUAGUCGACCGAGUCAUCACCCACCCGAACUUCAACAGCCAGAACCUGGCUAAUGACAUCGGUCUUCUCCACUUGUCGCGACCCGUUGACUUGGGGAAGUACCCACACAUUGGCACUGCUUGCCUUCCAGAGCAGGGCCAGCUAUUCUAUGGUCAGAGCUGCUGGGUAACGGGAUGGGGUAAAGACGCAUUCGAGGAUACCGGUUCCUUCCAAAAUGUGCUAAAGGAGGUCGACGUGCCCAUGGUUGAUCCUUUCGUCUGUGAGGAUAGACUACGAAGGUCUCGUCUCGGGCCCGGCUUCGUCCUGGAUCAAAAGAGCUUUGUCUGCGCCGGAGGUAUCGAAGGGAAAGACGCCUGUACUGGCGAUGGGGGAGCGCCUUUGGUGUGUCUGUCUAACAGAGGCUGGACCGUCAGUGGUUUAGUAGCCUGGGGCAUUGGUUGUGCUAGUAAUGAUAUGCCCGGUGUUUACGUCAACGUGGCUAAUUACGUCAACUACAUUCGCCAGUACGUCAGGGUCUAGCAGCGGAGUAACUCCACAGCCGCUCAGCCGGAAACUAAAAAAUUCAACACAACACUCAGAUAUCUUGUCCUUCAGAUAAGCAGGACACAUUACUUGUGCCUACUUCCACGUGUGUGAAGUUUCAAGGCAAACAGAUAUUAUAGACUCCACUAUAGUAUCUUUGUUUCAAGGUGAACGAGCGGUUAAUGAAAAAAAAAAAGGUUUCUACGCGAGUACACAAAUCUACUAUGCUGAGCUGGUGCUCUUACGUCAUCUACGGAAGUUUCACCACACCCAUAAACUCCCCAUUCUUAUAGAUUUCUUAUAGAUGGCUUAGUUAUGGCAUAGAUGUUUGAUGUUUGUCAUACUAUAAUCUUCGUUGAAAAAAUUGUAUUUCGCUAUUUUUCUCUCCUUGCAUGAAAGGCAAAACGUAUGUCUCGUGUACAGUAAUUGGAUAGAUCUAUAGUGCCCAGUGCCAUCUAUCAGUUAGAAUUGCAAGUUUAUUCAGACGCUCCGAAAAUUAUGAAAGAUCAGCCGUGUUUUCAGUGCUUAUAAUUUUGCAAAGAACUGCUUGAAAACGUUCAACAUCGAAAUUUAUAUUUAAGUUACUUAUUUAGUGACUGAUCAUAAAACAAAAAAAGAAUGUAAGAUGAGGUGAUUUGU